AAAAGGAAAAACAAAUUGAACUGAGGAGAAGACGGCGCGCACUGCAGAGAGUCAGCAGCUUUGGGACCGCGCAAAGGCCGUCGUCGGAUUCCCCCGAGGGACGAGGAAACAUAGGCUAAUAGUGGAAUAAGGAACGGGGUAGCAGUAUGUUUUCCUCGGUGAAGGGCUUCGAGGGACAGCAGUAUUCGGCCUUGAAGAGUCAGUGUCAGCAGAGCGGGCGUCUCUUCGAGGACCCCUUGUUCCCCACCACAGAUGCCUCCCUCUUCUACCAGGGGAACCGCAUUGGCCAAGUCCACUGGAAGAGGCCGCAGGAGCUGUGUGAAGACCCGCACCUCUUCGUGGAUGGCAUCAGUGCCCAUGAUCUGCACCAGGGACAGCUGGGGAACUGCUGGUUCGUAGCCGCCUGCUCCAGCCUCGCCUCCAGAGAGUCACUGUGGCAGAAAGUCAUUCCCGACUGGAAGGAGCAGGAGUGGGAUGGGGAAAAGCCGCAAGCCUACGCCGGAAUCUUCCACUUCCGCUUCUGGCGCUUCGGGGAGUGGGUGGACGUGGUCAUCGACGACCGACUGCCGACUCUGGACGGGAACCUCGUCUACUGUCACUCCAACGACAAGAAUGAGUUCUGGAGUGCCCUGGUGGAGAAGGCCUACGCCAAGCUGUAUGGGUGCUAUGAAGCCUUGGACGGGGGGAACACGGCCGACGCGCUGGUGGACUUCACAGGGGGCGUUUCGGAGCCCAUGGACCUGGACGAGGGGCAGUUUGCCACCGACGAGGCGGCUCGCAACGAGCUGUUCGAGCGCGUGCUGAAGGUUCACAACCGCGGAGGACUCAUCAGCUGCUCCAUACGAGCAACCACCUCUGCCGACAUGGAGGCGCGUCUGUCCUGCGGGCUGGUGAAGGGUCACGCGUACGGUGUGACGGACGUGCGGAAGGCGCGGCUAGGCCACGGCCUGCUGGCCUACUUCAAGUCGGAGAAGCUGUCCAUGAUCCGCAUGCGUAACCCCUGGGGCGAGAGGGAGUGGAACGGUCCUUGGAGCGACAGCUCCGAGGAGUGGCAGAAAGUCAGCAAGAGUGAGCGGGAGAAGCUGGGCGUGACCGUGGAAGACGAUGGGGAGUUCUGGAUGAACUUUGAGGACUUCUGCAAGUAUUUCACCGACCUGAUCCUGUGCCGGCUCAUCAACACGUCAUACCUGAGCAUCCACAAGACGUGGGAGGAGGCGGUGAUGCACGGCUCCUGGACCCACCACAACGACCCCCGACGGAGCCGCGCCGGAGGCUGCAUCAACCAGAAGGAGACCUACCUACUGAACCCACAGUAUGUGUUUGAUGUGACGAAAGCGGAGGACGAGGUGCUGAUCUGCCUGCAGCAGAGGGACCGCCGGGUCCAAACCAGCGAGGGCAAAGGACAGAACCUGGCCAUCGGCUUCGACAUCCACCGGGUGGAGCUGAACAGGAAGUACCGCAUGCACGUCAACCAGCAGAAGGUGGGCAGCUCCAUCUACAUCAACUCCCGCUGCGUCUUCCUGCGGCAGGACCUGAAGGAGGGCCGCUACGUCAUCAUCCCCACGACCUUUGACCCCGGCAUGCAGGAGGACUUCCUGCUGCGCCUCUUCACUGACAAUCCAGCCGACUGCAGAGAGCUGACGCUGGAUGAGCCUCCACAGACGUGCUGGUCAGGCCUGUGUGGCUACCCCCAGCUGGUCACGCAGGUCCAUGUUGUGGCUGCCGACGGUCUGCAGGCACAGGACUCCGACGGAGAGAAGGAUUGUUUUGAGGCAGCAAAGCUAUUUGCUGUGAGACAGGCUACAGUCCACCCAGCCCAGGAUAAGACAGAUAGAACGAAAGCCUCGGACCCGUACGUGAUCAUCCGCUGUGAGGGAGAGAAGGUGCGCUCGCCGGUCUUCAAAGACACAUGCAGUCCCCAGUUCGAUGUCAAGGGCCUUUUCUAUCGGAAGAAGGCCAAAGAGGGGGUUCUCAUAGAGAUAUGGAACCACAAUAUCAUCAAGGACUCCUUCCUGGGCCAGGUGAGCCUGAAGGCAGACCCUAACGACCAGCAGCUGCAGCAUACUGUUCACCUGCGCGACCGCGGGAACCAGCAAAGCAACGACCUUCCUGGCACACUCACCAUACGCCUGCUGACCAGCGAUGUCCUUACCAACAUCUGAGUUCCUUUGGACUUUGGAACGACGACGACUUCAGUCUUCAGUCCAACACGUUGCGACACACUGACCCACAGACACACAUGCCUGUACGCAUUCACACACACACACACACACACACACACACACACACACACACACACACACACACACACACACACACACACACACACACACAUAUCAAAGGUCUUUUCAACUACAUUUACGAUGGCAGUCACACACGCACACACGCACCCACACACACACA